AACGCUUUUUGCUGUCAAAGUCAUAAAGUGUCAGUGUCACAAUUCAAUGAUUUUGAGGUUAAGUUCCUCUUGUUAAGUGUAGGUUAUUUUUAUAAAAUAUUCUAUAAAAUAUUAAUUCAAAAUGCCGUUCAUGAAAGGAAGAGCACCUAUUCGUCGUACUUUAAACUAUUUAAACGCCGGUCGACUAGUUUUGAAGGAUAAAAUCAAAAUAUUUUCAGUGGCGUACAAUAUAAAUGGACAAAACAAUUUGGGAGCAAAGGAAUUUGUAUUUUGGUAUUUGCCACAGAUUCAAUAUAAAAAUCCCGACGUGCAGGUAGCUACCUUGAAGAACCUGACUCCAUCACCAUUCAUAAAAUGUUAUUUUGAAGAUGGCAGAAAGAUUUUAGUUGAUGUAGACAACAAAUCUAAAGAAGAGAUUUUAGAGCAUUUAAUUAAUACUGUUGGUAAAUCAAAAGAAGUAUUGGAACAGGAGGCAAUAGCUGCUGAAAAGAAGGACAAUCCUGCUAACUUCGGCAUUGGUUGUGAGCGUCCAUGCAUCUGUGAGGUGUACGGACAGAUACCUUGCCCCGGAGUAGUGCCGUUACCAAAGUUCAUGAGAGGAAAAUACAAAAAUGCCACAGAUUAGAUUUUAAUUAAAUGUAAGUAUGUUGGAAAUGUAUUCUUUUGAUAUUUCGAAAGUAUAAGUAAAAUUAACUAUUUAAAUUUCAAUAGGGGCUGAAUUUUCCAAUGCCAGUUGAAGGAUGAUGAGCAAACAUGCAUGGGAAAUGGUGCCAACCUAUAACGACCAGACGUAUGUCGUUGGAAAACUCUUUUCAUGACUAUCAUUUGUUAUUAUGGGGGUUAGUGUCAAUUUGUUGUGGGGAAAAUGUAGUUAGGUACUUAAACUUGUGAACUAAAUGUAUGGAGUCUGGCCCUAAGUAGCUGCAUUUUAUUUAUUUACUAGCGCAAUCCCAUUUUUUUCGUUUCCAUAGGAUUUUCAGGACGUUUUCUGUCUUAAGAAACUUCUCCUGACAAUAACAAACAACAAAAAUAAAUCAGUCAAAUCAGCCUAGCCGUUUUUAAGUUAUGGCGUGACAACAAAUCUCUCAAUCAUAAUAUUCAAUAAACACUCUAUGGGUAUAUUUGAAAACUUAUACCUGUAUAACAUGUGAUACACCAUUGGAUAGGGCUUCUUGAAUGGAAGAAUAGUUGCAAAUACACCUAUGGUCAAAUGUUAGUAUCUUCGGAGGCACAACUUCCUAAAGUUAUUUCAAUCUGAGCGCUGAAGCUGAAACAUUUUAAAGACACUAUAACUCCGAAACCACUAUUGACCUUAGUCAUAAUACAAAGUUUUAAUCUGCAUAAGAAUACCUAUCCAUAGAGGGAGAGGGGUAUCUUAUUUCUAUUGAGAGGAAGGCCCUACAUUACACUCCAUAUCUGUUAAUAGAGCGUUUAAGAACAUUUUCCCGACAACAAAUUGAGACUAGCCUCAAUACUAAUAAAUAUUAGUCAUGAAAAGAGCUUUCUAAUGAUAUACAUCUGGUUGUUACAUUUUACACUUUGUAUAUUUGUACAUUUUGCAUAUUAAACUCGGAGUCAAACACAUAAUUUUUCUAAUUACACCAUUAAUAUGUUGAUAUAUGGUAUAAACCUAAAAUCCCUAAAAUUUGUUCAUACAAAAGUAGUCUCUAAACAGCGGAAAUAAGGUCUAUAAUGGAGUUAGUGGAGAGCCGAACCACUUUCGGCUUGUAGAUUGAACAGUUAAGACACUAUUAUACUGUUCUCUUUGUUGGGGAUAAUACAAAAUUCUGUCACAUAACCU